AUGUCCGCCGCACCAAACAACCCCGGUCUCGUCUCUUCUCACGCCCAAUACGUCAAGGGCGCCGCUGAGGAGACGAUCGGAAACGUCACCGGCAGUGAGCCAUGGAAGGCAUCGGGUGCGCAAGACAAGGAGCAAGCGGUAGACGCCAUGAAGGCAGCAUCAGCGAACCGCGACCCCAGCCAACAAGGAAUGGGUGGUAUCGAGGAGAAGGCAGGAAACCUAGUUGGCUGCGAGGGCAUGCAGAAGGAGGGCGCUGAGAGCAAGAAGGAUUAG